GAACGGCCCUGACCCAAGUCCUCAAGCGCAGUAAUGGCGGCUCUCAUGGGAAGAGAAAGAAGAAAAAGAACAAGACAAGAGAAAGAGCAGAAGAACCUGUUAAUGGAUGAUGAAGUUAUUACUGCUCGUACUGUCAGCAUCGCCCUUCCUGGCUCUAUCAUAGAUAAUACUCAGUCGUUCGAGCUCGCCACUCGGCUAGCUGGCCAAAUUGCCCGUGCCGCCACUAUUUUCCGAAUUGAUGAGGUGGUUGUAUUUGAUAACCAAGGCAAAUCAUUGGAUGAUUUGCAUGUGACAGCUGAGAAUACCUCUGAUGAAAAUGAGAGCGGUACUGCUUUCUUAAUAAGGAUCUUGAAGUAUCUGGAGACACCACAAUAUCUGAGGAAGACGCUUUUCCCGAAGCAUAACAGCUUAAGAUUUGUGGGUUUACUGCCACCACUUGAUGCCCCACAUCAUCUUCGAAAGCAUGAAUGGGCUCCAUAUAGAGAAGGUGUCACACUCAUGCAACAACCUCCAGGUUCUGCCAGCACAUUCGUGGAUGUGGGGCUUAGUAAGAAUGUGGUAAUUGAUCAAGUGCUUAAGCCUGGAACAAGAGUAACUGUAGCCAUGGGAGCCAAUCGCCAACUUGAUGAUCAGCCACGACAGGUUGUCUCGUCGUCCAAGCCUAGGGAAGAAGCAGGAAUGUAUUGGGGCUAUAAAGUGAGAUAUGCUGCCAAUAUCAGUUCUGUAGUUAAAUGUUGUCCAUAUAAGGGUGGGUAUGAUUAUCUCAUUGGUACCUCAGAGCAUGGUCAUAUUACCAAGUCAUCAGAGCUUGAGUUGCCAUCUUUCAGGCAUCUGUUAAUUGCUUUUGGUGGACUUGCUGGAUUGGAGGAGUGUAUUGAAGAAGACAAAAACCUCAAGGGAAAAGAUCCACGGGAGGUAUUUAAUACGUAUUUGAACAUAUGUCCUCACCAAGGAAGCAGAACAAUUCGAACUGAGGAAGCCGUCUUCAUAUCUCUUCAAUAUUUCCAAGAACCAAUUGAUCGCGUAUUGCAGGGUUCUAAGUAACAUGGUUGAGGAUCGACCUAUUUUGCUUUCACUUUUAUCAUUGAUUCUUAUUGUAGUUGUAAUGGCAUAUGUUUGCUUUCGAGGUUUAGUCCUGAAGCGCUCUCUCUUUGGGUGAAAUGAUAUUGAUGUUUGAAGCGAUUUGUUCUUCCAUUUUCGUCCAAUGUAAGGUGGACUUUAAACCUUGAUGGUAACUUAAUUGGUAAGAUGUUAGUUGUCAUCGGUUCGAAUCCA